AAUUUUUGACAUUUCAUUGACGUUUUUGACUUGACUUUUUGGUUUAUUUUUCUUUCAAGUUUCAACUUUUUUAACACGCAUUUAAUAAAAUAAAAAAUUCAUCAUGGGUAUGUGCCAGAGACGAAAAAAAAUGCAUUAUGGGGAUACCCAUUUGCAGCGUAGAUGGAGAGUUCGUAAUCGCAAAAGGGACCUUGAUCAGAUUGAUAAGGACAUUCAGACUGGAGGUGAAAAACUAAUUAAUCAAGAAGUUGAUUUAGAUAAACCCGGUUUCGCUCAAUUCUAUUGUGUACAUUGUGCUAAGUACUUUACCGAUGAUCAUGCUAUUCAAGCACAUUUCAGAACAAAGGUUCAUAAGCGUCGUCUAAAGGCUUUGGAAGUUGAACCAUACACGAUUGAAGAAGCUGAACGGGCCGCUGGCCAAGGUAGCUAUGUUAAACCCAAAACUCGUUCCAUAACCACUCAACCAUCGAAAGAAGAAGCUAAAGCUGGAAAAAGAUUAAGAGUAGAAGAGAAACCAGAGACACCAGCCAAGAAGCGAAAGACGGAAAAGACGGAAAAAAUGCAAGAAUAAACAAAUCAACAAAAGAUCAACCAGAUUAAACAAAAAACAACAAAAUAGAAAGUGAAUUAGUUUUGAAAUGAUGUACAUACAUUUAUUUUGUAUUGAUAUCAGAAGUAUUAUCAAUAAAGAAAUAAUAAUUGAAAUGCUCAAACAAAACAAAAAACACACAA